GCAGUAUUAGGUAGUGAAGGCUUGAGCUCAACACUACUCUCUAGCACCGAGAAAGUUUUCUUCCGGGUCAAUGGAUUUCCAACAUGGUUGCAAGCAUGCAAGUAAUAAACUGUAAAGGUUGAACAAUUUUGAUAAAGGUGCCAUUUCGGAAACGUACAUUUAGGUAGGCCUACAUUAAAAACGUGGAGUAUUAUUGAUAUAGAUUAAAUAGGAUGGCGUUUUUUGGAAGUCUAAAACCUAUGCUGUGGUCUGUUCUGCAGGCAUCCCGCCCUGUAUACUCAUGGCCUGGACCUGUCUUCACCAGGACAAUGGCCACACUUAAUCAGAUGCAUCGGAAGGGAAAACCCUCCCCACCUCCUCCGAAAAUCAGUGCCACCUUUGGACGGCCACAGCUCAAAGCUGUUGUGCUGAAGACCAUGAUCAGGAAACCAAAGAAGCCAAAUUCUGCAAACCGCAAGUGUGCACGAGUACGUCUGUCCAAUGGCAAAGAAGCUGUAGUGUUCAUCCCAGGGGAAGGUCACAACCUCCAGGAGCAUAAUGUGGUGUUGGUGCAAGGUGGACGGACUCAGGACUUACCAGGGGUGAAACUCACUGUAGUGAGGGGGAAAUACGACUGUGCACAUGUUGUAAAGAAAAAACAAUGAAUAUUAUGAUUUUUGAGUAGUUUUCAAAAACAAUAUGAGUGGUUAACCUUAAUGUAUUUUCUUUUUUUAAACAACUGUGCACAUUGGAUCUUUAUGGCUUCAAUAGCUACUAUUUUACAGUUAUAUCUUAUAUAAUUGUUUAUGUGAUACCACAAAUAAACAGUAGUGUGAUUGUAGCAAUGUGCUGAGUAGUCAAUCCUGAUGGUCAAGUACAGAGUUUGGUUUUAUCACAUUGUACUGCUGUUCAAUAAUACUAGUUUUUUUACUUGCCUUUCAGCAAUAGAGACAGAGCGCAUCGCGUCAUAACCUGAAACCCACGCCCACCGGGGGGGAGUAAUCCAUCCGUCUCCAUUGAUUUUGUAUUGCGAGAGGCUGCCUCCUCAUUUCUGGCUUAUAACAAAAAACAGAAUAAUGCCUAAAAGCUGCUGUGUGACAAGAUGUACAGCUAAUAAGCAAAAAAAAACAGAAAUAAGUUUUUAUAAGCUGUCGACCCCCCCCCCCCCCAAAAAAAAACGAGCGUUUAAAGACACAAAAGUGGAAACAGGCAACUUUUCAUAUUACUACUAUUAAUAUAACUAUUCAUUUUUUUCUUCUUAAAGGCUGAGUUUUACAGCUCGACAGCUUAUAAAAACUUAUUUCUGGGUUUUUGGCUUGUUACCUGUACAUUUUGUCACACAGCAACUUUUAGGCAUUAUUCUGUUUUUGUUAUAAGCCAGAAAUGACAAGGAGGCGGCCUCUCACAAUACAAAGUCAAUGGAGACGGUUGGAUUGUUUCCCUCCCGGUGGGCGUGGUUUUCAAAUUAGCAUAACUGCACUCUGUCUCUGUUACCUCACCUAAUUAAUAUUCACGAGUCAAUCUGAUAAGAUUAUUAAGAAUUCCAUGGUUAAAAUCUUAAUAAUGUUCACAAGAAACCAUGUUGUCUUCAUGCAAAAAACAUGUUGAUGGUGUAUAUUGCUUGACAGGAAAUAAAUUCAUAUUUAUUAA